CGAGCCCGCGCGUGCCGCGUCCCUCAGCGCUGCGUCCCGCCGGCCCCGGGUGACGGGCCGCCCGCUGCCUCUCGGCGGGACGCUGUUCUCCGGCUGCGAUAGCUGAAACCGUCGGCAGAGCCGAAGCUCUGCGAUCGGUGCCCGCAGGAUCCCUCCCCGCAGGGCCUCGCUGCCCGUAGCGGUGGCCUCGCCACGCCGCGCUGGGGGAGGCAGGGCUGAGCCGGGUGAGCCGCCGGGGCUCUCCUCUGCUGCUCCUUCCUCCGUUUCAACGUCGCGCAGCGCUCUUGUGACAAAGUGCAGCUGUUCUCAUGUAAUCGUUGCUGGCUGGCGCUUUUUAGUCUAUUUUCGGUGUUACCGUACACCUGCGUUGCCGUGAGGCAGCGCGCUUUUGUUGCAGUGCAACGCCCCGAGGUGCGGGGCUGCCCCGUGCCCGCCCGGGCCGUGGCUCCGCUGGACGCGCGCGUCGUGUCUGUGGCAGCCAGAGCUGAGCGGGCCCCCAGCCGUGUCCCCUGUAGAGCUGUUCCACCCCUGAAAUAAGCAAUUGUAAAGGGAAAUCAAGAUCCCCUCUUCAUGUCUCUUGAUCUUCACCGGACUAGAAGAACCUGUCGUUCUUAAAUCUGGAGGACACAACCGUGAGCUGGUACGACACUGCAAAGCGAUACAAUAUACUGCUGAAGCCAUUGUCAGAAUUUCAGUCUGAAAUUUUGAGAUAAAAGGAUGAGUGCAAAGAGAAUUACCUGUCAAGUCUGAAAGGAUUUCAAAACCUAUGUGGAUCUAGCCUGAAGAGCUGCAGAAGAAUUUGUCAAUAUUUAUUAUGAGACAAUGGAUAAAAGAAGAAGGGCUUUGACCAGGCUGUAUUUGGACAAAGCAACACUGAUUUGGAAUGGUAACGCGGUGUCUGGGCAAGAAGCGCUGAAUGAGUUUUUUGAAAUGUUGCCAUCCAGCGAAUUCCAGGUUAAUGUGUUGGACUGCCAGCCUGUUCAUGAGCAAGCUACUCAAAGCCAGACAACAGUCCUCGUGGUGACUUGUGGGACAGUAAAAUUUGAUGGCAACAAGCAGCGCUACUUCAACCAGAACUUCUUGCUGACAGCACAAGCCACAUCUAACAGCACAGUAUGGAAGAUUGCAAGUGACUGUUUCCGCUUUCAGGACUGGGCCAACUAGUGAGGAUCAGCUAUGGAAGUGACCUCUCAUUCCACGUCAUGAAGCUAGCUGUUCAGUUGGCCACUCUCUGAGCGUGGGCUGUGCUCAAUCUUCGUGUUGCAUCUGUCAUUAUGGAAGGUCUGCGGAUGUCUCAGGCUCAAUCCCAAUGGCCAUGGCUUUAAUAAUAAACAAUCUGAAAAUGUAACGGGUUGCUCAUGUUAGUUGAACCUAAUGAAAUGCUGAAGGAGUUGAACCUAAGGAAAUGCUGAAGGUAAUGAGCUGUGUUGAAAUCAUUCCUAAAAUGCCUUACGUGCAGCUGUGCUGCCACUUACGGACUUUUUGUAUGUAAUGCAGAAACUUUGUUUGAACACAAAAUUCUCUUAUUGUAUAAUUCUGACCAAACAUGUAACUGCUUCAACUUGAAAAGGCCUGUUUUUACAGUAGCAUCUUACCUCUUUUGAAGAAGAUGCAUGUGACGUGUGUAUAGAAUUCUCAAAGCUACCUGCUCCUGGUUGUAAGAGGCUUGUGAGGAUGGGCGAUUAUUUCUGCUCUUUGUGAAAGUUGCAAAUACAGCCUGUGAGCGUAUAAUCUCUCAAGUAGUCCGUUAGAAAGCUAGUGGUACCUUCACUGAUAUCAAAGGACUGCAUCUUGUCAGGUUUCCUUUUGACUUAAGCAUCUCAGAAUUUGGUUGUGGUUAAUUUAUAUUGAUCCAUAUAUAGGGAAUACUGAAUAACUCAGAACUCCAGUGCCAACAACUCUUGUCAGAAGCGUGUCAAGGACUUCAGCCACAGUUUUUCUUUUGAAGUCUUGUAAUGGAAGAAGUAGGUCAGUAACAUCAUUUCUGUCUGCUUUUACUGUCAAUUCUGUCUCUGUGAAGGAUGGCAUAUUCUUCCCAUCUAAAGUCUGCAAUUUUUGAAUCCCUGUUAUCUUUUCAGGAAAUAUUGUAAUAAAAAAAAAAGACACUAAAGGUGUGUAUUACUGUGAAGCCUUCAAUUUUUCUCUUCAGCAGUGCUAUUCAGAACAGGUUCUUUGAUUACUGUUAACUUAGAAAAAGCAGCUCUGAACACAAGUACCAUCUUCCUUGCCUGCAGGUUUUUACAGUUUUGAUGUUUCUAUAACAUUUCCCUUAUUUAUUCAUUCUAUUGUAUUUUUUUUUUCUUGCUUUAAAACUACAGCAGCUUUCAUAGAAUAGUUAUUGAUUGCAGGCUAGAAGAUUGCCCAUCUUAACUUGGGAACUUAUAAAGUAAAUCUGAAUAUAAAUGCUUUUAUACAGUUAUAUGUGAUAGUACACUUGCUAAUGAAAACACAUGAGGGGAAAUUGUUACGGCUGUUGCAGUGACAGCAGCAGCAAUUAGGACUGCAGCUCACUUAGUUUUCUUACAUACAUUGGAAAACUGUGAAAAUGAGCAGUAUCUAACUUGUAUAAAAUACUUGUGGUUGGCGUAAUAUUAUCCUACAGUUAAUGGGAUACUUAGGUGAAAUGAGUGGCUUUAUGUCAUUUAAAGGUACUCUUUACAUCAGUAAGUUGAAAUUGGUAACCUGACUUACUUCAGGAGCUGCUGCUAUAGUGAGCGGUUUCUGAAGCUACUGGGUAACUAUUUGUUUUCAAGCUGAUGAACACUUGGUUUCUGCAAACAAUGUAAAAAAUCCAGAACUGAAAAUUGUAAAUAUUGUAAAUGCAUUGUCAUAUCUGUAUGUAGUGAAGAAAGGGUUGCUUUAUUUAAUUACUGUUUGUUCUUAACAGAAUACGCGAGGUUCAUAUAUUUGCGUUUCUUCUAUGAGUUUGAGAAGAGAGCCCUCAGUUUGCCUGUUUCUCAUAUAGCACUGUUGAACUGUGACACUAGUGUGCUGUGCUUUUCUUGUUUGUUCUUCAUUACAGUGGUAGUGUUACAGUCUGCUUACGUACACCAAACAGGUUUUGUCUCUUGAAAUUUAGUGAUGGGUGCACCUGUAGCAUUUACUUUUAAACUCUGAAUGCGUUUACCAGGACACACACUUACACUUACACCCGAUAAGCUUGUUUUGGGAGUAAAUACUUAUUGGAUAUUUUGAUCCGAGUUCUAAUUUGUAUACUAAUUUUGAAGCGCUUUUCUAUGCAGAGUGGGAGAUUUUUGAAUAUCUGAGACAAUGUUUCAAUCGUUUUAUUCCUAGUGAUUAUUUUCAUGCUAUUUAAAUAUACAUUGCUUUUAAAUCUGACUUCUGCAAUUUAUAUUAAAAAAAAAAGACCUACCUGAUAUGUUACUUAGGAGGCUUCCUAUCUAGCUGUUCAGACCCAGUUUAUACUCUUAUUUAGUAAGAUGUGAAGUUGGAAUUGGACUUGGUGUGCAUAUGGGGAUAUUGGGAGGAAAAUUUAUUAGAGAUGAAUUGCCUUAGCGUAGGGGGAAGUACCAGCUGUGCGCUAUUUACAGACAAAAAAAUCUCUUUCAAAGAAGCUGGAUAAGUUAGGGAUGCUGCAGCUUGUUACCACUUCUGUGGUGAAGUUAACAGAAGAAAACAUACAACUGCUUUUUUAUUCCAUUAAGUACCAGUCUGUGCUGGUUUAAUGUUCCCUCUUGCUGACUGUGGUGUAAUACCUGAAGUUUACGCCAGGAAUCUGUGAAGUGAGCAUGGUUAUGCUCUGAACUGUAACCAGGAGCUAAUACUAGCUCAGUUUUGCUUCAUCCCAAGUCAGUAAUGUUCAGUCAAACAGUGAAACAAAGCCAGGUGAAGAGCUGAGUGCUUCCGCAUGCUAAGCUGUGGCAGCUGAAGUCUUGACAGAUAUUCUGUUUUGUGUGUAUUCCCUGUAUUGUCUCUAUAAGUCACUGUUCUUAAUGUCGCUUUGUUAUUCUACCAUACUGCAGUUAAAUUGACCUAAAAUACUUGUACUGUUUCUUGGAAUAGAGAAAAGUGAUUUGUUCUCCUGAUGCAAAUGACACUUUUGAUAUGCAAACAUUUCAUUACCCUGACUGGGAAAAAGCACACUAUAAAAGAAAUGCUGUUUUAUCAGCACUUGAGUAUAUUUUGUAAGUUUACAAAGUUGUUUAAAGACCUCUUGUAAGAUUCCAUUUUUAAAAGAGUAAGCCCCUUUUUUUUCCUUAAGGCAUUUUCAUAGUUUGUUCUUAAGAUAUUAAAAGUUCGGGAAAUAA